AUGAACAUGGCAAACGCGCUGCAUCACGGUUGGAGUGCGGAAGUGACGGGUGCAGGAAAUGGCGAUGGCGCUUUCACAGCCAUCAAUCAGCCCUCGACGCAGUUCCCGACGCCCCAAUCACCAAUAGCAGCACCCAUCCAGCAAAACCAAGCGCGGCGAAGAGCGACCGUUCAUGGACGACGGCGACAUAACCCUGCUGUUGCCCAGUAUCUUGGACUCGGUACUGCAAGCGAGCCUACACAUCUCGAGAUAUAUGCUUCUUUGCCGGCAACGCCAGCCAGCCCACCGCUGAAACCUACACGCAACCGAACAAAGUUGACUGCGUUGGCUGCCCAUGGAAACACAUUGGAUGAAAGACACACGAAUGCGGAAGCGAGGGCAACGGUCAAUCAACGGCGUGUGUCAGAGAGCUUCCGGGUAACGAAACCUGUACGCAAGUCUGCGGCAUCCGCAUCCAAAGCUCCACCAUCUAGGACUACACAAUCAGCAUUCAUUGACGAUGUGCGACCACAGAAGCCAGCAGCAGAUGAUGAAGGAACAACUUUGUCAGAUCAUGUUCCUACCACUCAAGCCUAUGAUGUGAUGCAUCAUCGUUUCGCAAGCUCUGAGACUGUUCAGAAUGUCAGCCAAGACACCGUGGCCAUACGGCCUGUGCAAUAUUCGGUUGACGUUGGCUUGUUCAUUCUCGAAGACGAUGAUUGUGAUGCUACUGAAGCUGGACACGUUGAUCUCGACCUGGCUCUGCAGCAACAUGAAACUCUGAAAUCCGCGGAAGAUGAUUUCGACUUCGACAUCGAUGAUGAUGAACUGCUCGCAUUGAUACCUGAAGAUGGUGGUACAUGUUCUGACCUUGCAAAGCCUACUUCGAAGUCCCACGCGCAAUCCUACAACACGGACAACGACAGAUUAUGCCCCACUCCAGGCUCAUGCACCGACAUUCCUAUGAUGCUUGAAGAAGUCACCACCAAGACGACUUCACAGCAAUUAUCAAAAAAGUUUACAUCUCCAGUCACUCCGACAACGCGCUUAUAUGGCAACUCAGGUUCCGCGGAGAUUAGGACACCAAUCGUCAGGCCGCCGUUCCCUGAAUCUGUUCGCGAUCGCUCGCCUAUUAUCGGUCUCUCGUCAAACUCGUUGCUCAGGACGUGUUUUCGCAUCGGUGAGGUGAUCAAUCAGAGUUGUCAAGCAUCUAAGUCUGGGAAGCGCAUUAUGAUUGAAAUGUACGCUAGAAUCCUUGCUUCGGAGCGAACUGGCACAGAGCAACAAUUCACAUUCUGCGACCUCUUCCAUGCCAGGCCGCCUUAUAUCAAAGGAACAUACAGUGCUGCGAUCUGGAAGUCGGUGCCCCUGUUCGAGGUCGUCCUGCCAGAUUCACCCUACGACGCAAUGUUGACGGCGGCCAUGACGCCAGCCAUCGGUAGCGAAGGCGAAACCACCGACUCUCGCAGUGCAGCCAUGAUGGAGCCUCAACCUCAACUGGAGACAACGCCGCCAAAGACGAAUUCGCCCAAAGCACGGUCUCUCUCGGACAGCACGCCCCGUCUUGAGCCCUCUCCGAAGUUCCGCGAACCCGCACGCAUGUCCAAAGAUGACCAAACUAUCGUCGCCAGCCCCAGUACACCGCGUAGGCCAGACUUCCUCUCGCGAGGCCUGUCUCUGCAAAUGCCCCCUCGAGAGUCGCCUAUGCCCAGUCCCGCGCACUUCGCCGCCCGUGUGCCCCUCUCUCCACAGCUAGAUUCGCGUAACACCUACGCGUCGCCUGCUUCUGUCCUGCCCCGACGGUCCCGCGGCGCUGAGUUCUCAAGAGCCUGCACCAACCUCCACCACUCGACGCUCCCCGACCAGUCUUCGCCCGAUUCUUCGCCGACCAUUACGCAGAAAGGUAUCAAGAUACCGCCGCGGAAGCCUCGCUCCAACUCAAUGCUGCUUGACUCGCCCAAUGUGAGCCUACAGGGUGGAUGGAGUCAUGGCGAUAGAACCGCCCCUUCGAGUUCGGUCGGCAGCAUCAACAUGAUGGGCUCAGAGGACUCGAGUAGUUCUUCGGAUGAGGUGGAUCCACUGGACCCUGAGGACAACGACGACCCUAUGAUCAUGACUCCGCAAGCGAAGACCAACACACUAUUCCCAGGGCUCAACGCUGGCAAUAACGGUGUCUUUUCCAACCUGUUCUCACCCGGUGGACAGCCCAACUUUGCAAGCAUGCAUCGAGCGAGAUUGCGCAAGGGUAGAAGCCGAAAGAGCUCGAGCUCAGCCAGUGGACACAGCUCCAUGGCAAGCCCCGGGCCGGCAUCACCGCCAAAUGGCAAAGACACGGGAUAUUUUGCGCGAGAAGCGGCGAUGCGUAAAGCGGGUUCGCGACGAGAGAGCCUUUCCCUUUUUGCCAACGACCUCCACAUCUCAUCUGGAAACGAUAGCGGUGACGAGGGCGGUAACAUGCCCCAAACUCCGGGUGUAGUAAGACGGGUAGUUUCACGGAGGGGCAAUCUACUGCCAAAGUCAAGACAAUUCGGUCGCAUCAGAGCGGAGCUGUUCGAAGAAGCUGCUCCCGUUGACAGCGAAUUUCGCCGCGAAGCCGAGAUCAUUCGACAAGUGAGAGAAAGCGAUACAGAUCUAGAACGACCUUCGGGAACCGCGCAAUCGUCACCCAACUUGCUGCCAACAGUUCCAGGUCUGGACGGACCCCUUGAGGGUGUGCCAGAGGAAGGUAGCGAAAGCAACAUGAGUCUAGAUGGAUCGACGUCUAAGGGACUUUUCGGUGCCUUUGGCAGUCUACACAGCGGUCGCAAUUCGGUCAGCAACGGCUUCUGGGGUUCACGCGCUGCACACACUCCUCCACCGUCCUUUCCUCGUGCAGAAUCAUCCGCGAUGAGCGAGGACAUGAACAUGGACUCCCCAACUAUAGGCGGUGGGGCAUCUAGAGCGUCUACGCCAGGGGCAAUGCAGCCUCCCACAGCAGCCGAAGCUUUGAAGAAGUCGAACAAACGCCGGCGAGAUGACGAUUUCGAUGAAGCUUCAAUCAAACGUCGUGCAGUCUCACCAGGUGUCAGCGUUCACGGCAGCCCAGUCAUCUCGCAGUCUCCUGCACAAAGGGACAACAGUCUUUGGGGUACAAAUACCAAGGCCAGCCGGGAAACGUCAAUAAGUGGUCAAUCACAUGGUGAACGCUCAAACAGUGGAGGCAGCAUGAGCAUGACGCCAACAUUGGGCCCAAAACGGAUAGGUCUACAGGCCAUGUCACGCACAGCAGCUCUCUCCUCUUUCGUCGACAGCGCGCCGCCUGGUGAGCUUGUCGAAGUUACCAAGGCAAUCAAGUCAAUCCUCGGCGAUGAAUCAGUCCAGAACGAACUCUCGCCCGCCUUCCAAAAGUACAACGAGGAGCAGUACACCACAACGAAGCUUCCGGGUGGCAGCACCGAAGUUCUGGUCAGCGAAUACAACUCGUUAGGAGACGGCAGAUACUACGACAUCGAUACACAGAGCUCCUUCGACUUUGACCAUGCGACUGGCAAGGCAAGCGCAGUCCAGAGCUACGUUGUCGAGAGCGCGCAUGACGAUCUUCUCAAGAGCCUCAACAAGUCUCUCAGCACCCACGCCUCAGAACACUACCCCAAAUCCUCCCACGGCGUCUUCCCCGUUCCUUCGUCCCCCUCUUCCCUCGCCAUCAUCACCGUCGCAAAUAAGUACUCCCCCACAAACUACUGGAACGGCCGCUGGCGCAGCUCCUACAUCUACGACACCUCCUCCGGCUCCAUCUCCGGCAGCAUAAAAGUUGACGUGCACUACUACGAAGACGGAAACGUGCGUCUGCUCACCACCAAGGAGGUCAGCCUGAGUGCUGGCGGAAGUGCAAAUGGAAGCGACAUCAUGAGGAAGAUUGCUGCCGAGGAGAAGAAGUACCAGGAGGAUCUCAACAAGGCGUUUGGUAGUCUGAGUGAGGGCGCUUUCAAGGCUCUGAGGAGGCAAUUGCCCAUUACGAGGCAGAAGAUCGAGUGGGAGAAGAUCAGUGGAUAUAGAUUGGGCCAGGACAUUGGUGGUGGAAGAAGGUGA